GUCUCUGGAACGUUCUGUGGGUGGAAAGUGAGUUACUGUGAGCGGAGGAGAAGCCAAUAGGAUUUGGAAGGUUUGAAAGGCACCGCUUUGACCUUUUGUAAAAGUUACUCAAGCAGCGGCUCCGACAUGAGGGCUUGGGUUUUUGAACCGAUAAAAGCCCUUUGCAAGGAAGAUUCUAGGAAUGAGAGAAACCUAAGUCCGGGGAAAGCCAGUUUUUGUAUUGUUACUUAAUAUAAAUACUUUUUUUUUAACUUGUAAUUGGAACGCCAGCUGUUGGCCUCUUUUAAUUUUAGGUAGUGGGUACCUGCAUUACACAAAUAUACGAGGUUUAAUUUCUCUUAUUUCUGUCUUUUUCUUGUGUGCAGUGAGCAUCAGCUGACUGCCUGGCUAAAGCUUUGAGUAGAUUCCAGAUCAUACUGUUCUUGCAUUGUGAAAACGUCAAACCAGCAAAGCUGCAAACUUCGCAACUUGGCACUUGUUAACUAUGCCCAUAAAAAGAAUCUUUUCAAUGAGGGAAGGAAUUUACAGCAUUUGUAGGGUUAAGUGGCAUGGAAUUUCUCUUUCUGAUAGUAAAUAGCAGGUAACAUCUAAAGGAACUGGUUUAAAUCCUAAUGCCAAAGUGUGGCAAGAAAUUCCUCCUGGAAAUACUGAUGCCACGCCAGUAACUCAUGGAACUGAAAGCUCUUGGCAUGAAACAGCAGCCACAUCAGGGUCUCAUCCUGAGGGUAAUACAGAGCUUUCAGAUGACAUGUGUAAGGAAUAUGAAGUAAUGUAUUCAUCUUGUGAAACAACAAGAAAUUCUACAAGCAUUGAAGAAUCAGCUGAUGGAAUGAUUUUAGGGCCGGAAGAUCUGACUUACCAAAUAUAUGACGUUUCUGGAGAAAGCAAUUCAGCAAUUUCUACAGAAGACCUAAAAGAAUGUCUGAAGAAACAAUUAGAAUUCUGUUUCUCACGAGAAAAUUUGUCAAAGGAUCUUUACCUGAUAUCUCAAAUGGACAGUGAUCAGUUCAUCCCAAUCUGGACAGUUGCCAACAUGGAAGAAAUAAAAAAACUAACCACAGACCCUGAUCUAAUUCUUGAAGUGUUGAGAUCUUCUCCCAUGGUACAAGUUGAUGAGAAGGGUGAAAAAGUGAGACCAAGUCAUAAGCGUUGUAUUGUGAUUCUUAGAGAGAUUCCUGAAACAACACCAAUAGAGGAAGUGAAAGCGUUGUUCAAAAAUGAAAACUGCCCCAAGGUAAUAAGCUGUGAGUUUGCACACAAUAGCAACUGGUAUAUCACUUUCCAGUCAGACACGGAUGCACAACAGGCUUUUAAAUACUUGAGAGAAGAAGUUAAAACAUUUCAGGGCAAGCCAAUCAUGGCAAGGAUAAAAGCCAUCAAUACGUUUUUUGCUAAGAAUGGUUAUCGAUUAAUGGAUUCUAGUAUGUAUAGUCAACCCAUUCAAACUCAAGCACAGUAUGCCUCUCCAGUCUUUAUGCAGCCUGUAUAUAGUCCUCACCAACAGUACUCUGUCUAUAGUAUUGUGCCUCAGUCUUGGUCUCCAAAUCCUGCACCUUACUUUGAAACACCACUGGCUCCCUUUCCCAAUAGUAGUUUUGUGAAUGGCUUUAACUCACCAGGAUCUUAUAAAACAAAUGCUGCUGCUGUGAAUAUGGGUCGACCAUUCCAAAAAAAUCGUGUGAAGCCUCAUUUUAGGUCAUCAAGUGUUUCAGAACACUCAACAGAAGGAUCUGUGUCACUGGGGGAUGGACCAGUAAACAGAUCUGGUUCAAGGAACUUUACAACUGAACGACAUAACCCUAUAGUAACCGGGCAUCAGGAGCAAAGCUAUCUUCCAAAAGAGACCCCGAUUUUGCAAAUUGAACAGAAUGGGGACUAUGGUAGGGGCAGGAGAACUCUUUUCAGAGGUCGAAGACGACGAGAAGAUGACCGAAUUCCAAGACCCCAUCCUUCAACAGCUGAAGCAAAGGCUCCAACACCAAAGUUUGACUUAUUAGCCUCAAAUUUUCCUCCUUUACCUGGAAGUUCAUCAAGAACGCCAGGUGAACUUGUUUUGGAGAGUAGGAUGUCUGAUGUUGUUAAAGGUGUCUACAAAGAGAAGGAAAAUGAAGAGUUGAAACAAGUUAGUUGCCCAGUACCUGCAGAGGAUGAACAGACAGAUUGCACCGUUGCCCAAAAACUCAAUAUGAGUACCAGUCCUCUGUGUACAGCUGAGCCUCCUGCAUUAAGCACAACUCAGCAAGAAAAGGAUCUAAUAGAGGAAUCCACCGUUCAGAAGGAUGUUCUCAACCCGACAACCAUAUUAGUUUCUUCCCCAAGUCCUACAAAGCCAUCAAGGACAAAUACUGCUUCACCAUGUAAUAGUAACAUAAAUGCAGCUGUAACUGUGGCCCUACAGGAACCCCGAAAGCUAAGUUAUGCUGAAGUGUGCCAGAAGCCGCCUAAAGAGCCAUCCCCAGUUCCUGUGCAGCCACUACGAGAACUUCGUUCCAAUGUAGUGUCUCCCACCAAAAAUGAAGAGAAUGGAGCUCCUGAGAAAUCCAUUGAGAAACCACAUGAGAAGCCAGAAGCAAGGGCUAGUAAGGAUUAUUCUGGCUUCCGAGGCAAUACCAUUCCCAGGGGAGCAGCUGGAAAAAUCAGGGAACAGAGACGCCAGUUUGGCCACAGGGCUAUACCUCAGGGAGUGACUCGACGUAACGGCAAAGAACAAUAUGUGCCACCCAGAUCACCAAAGUAAAACAAACACAAACUAUUCAAAAACUCCUCUCUCUUCCCAUUAAACUUGAGCCGUGGCUAUAUUGAACUGUUUUGGAGGGGAGAGGGUAACCAGGAAGGAAACAGGAGAAAGUAUAUCCUUAAAUCAUUAUGGAUUUUGGAGUUGUGAGCAGUAGAAUCCCAAAAUCAUCUCUAAAGUGAUUUUAAAAUGCUGGAGGAUUCCAAUCAGUAUAAAUAUAUAUAUAUAUGUAUACAUAUAUAAAAAUAUAAUUUUUCUAUUUUUGUUUUUGAUUUUAAUUUGCAGAGAUCUGCCUGGAAUCAAUUUUGAGGGUUCAGAUUUAGCUUGGGGAAAAACAGUACACAUCCUUCAGUAUAGGAGAUGAGGGAGUGAGAGAAAAUAUUUUUUGAAGAAGCAUUUCUGUAAAAUUAGAAAUUACUUUUUUUAAUCUAUUUAAAGUUUGGCUUGGAGAAUGCCAUCUCUGCCUAUAUGGCCUUGUGUUGCAAAGCAGAUCAGUGGCUGGGGUGCCUGUUGUGUGUGUGUGUGUGUGUGUGCGCGCGCGCGCGCAAGAGUGAUUGAAGCCAAAUCUGUUGUCAUGUUAGUAAAUGAUUUGAAAACUGAAUGUAAUACAUACUUGAGAUUUUUUUCCAGUUUGAUAUGUAGUCUCUUUUUGACCUUACUGAUAUUUCAUUCAACAAGCUUUUAAACUCUGAUUGUACUUGGAGAUGUGACUACCAAUCAGUUUGAUACUCAAGGAAAGAAUGGGGGUUAUUCAGAUAAUUGAAAAAUAUGUCUUAGAUCUGAGGAGGUAGGUAAAAUUUGUCUUCAGACGUUUACACUGGCCUGUGAUCCCCCCCCACCACUAAAAUAGGAAAUAAUUUUUUGUGUGUUAUUUCAUUUGUUACUCUCUGUUCUUUGACUACCAACCCCCAGAAGCAAAAUAACCAACCACCUACAUAAUUGUAUGUUUCUAACUGCCUUGACCAGUCUAGUCAAAUCAUAUAACUGUUCUAAAUUUCUGAACUGAACAGUCAAGUAUUUUACUCUUCUGUUCAUGUAUGUAGAAGUUUAGGUCCCAAAAUGGUAGGGCAGACUUAACCUACAGUAAUUUAUUUGUGUUAGUGUUAAAGAUGAAACAUUGUAAUUGACUCUUAAAGUGUUAAAUAGUGUAGAAGUAAAAAGAAUUUUUUUUUAAGGCUUAAUUUGGGGAAAACUUUUUCUGUUUACAGUGUAUUUAUCAUAACCUGCUUUCCCUUUCUCCAAAAAAACCCCCCACAGUUUGGAAUUCACAGAAACAGAGCCAGCAAGUCAGGGGAUUUUUGAGUUAAGGUGAGAAAGAUAGUUGAAGAAAAUUAAUACAUGAUCUCUCAGUGAAUAAAGUUGUAGCUCUCAUAUUAAAUAGGCAAGUUUACAUGCUGGUGUUUAGAAAAUGGCUAAAAUAUUAAAAAUCAUGUUGCAUUAAUCUGUUUUAAGUCAUGUAAGGUGGGGUAUUUGGGUUUUUUUGGGGGGAUAGUUUGUAGUAGUAAUAACUGUCCCUUAUGUUAGUGAAUGACAUGUACAAAUUGAAACUGUAAAUUGUGAACACUGGAAAGCACCAUUGUGACAUAGAGUAAACAUCUUAGUAAUAUAUAAAAUGAAUGUAAAUGGAGGUUAAAAUUACAUUACUGUGAAACUCAUCUUCCAAUCUAAGUUAAGCUGUGGAGAUUUGUAUUAGUAGGUAACUGUUUAGAGCUUUGAAAACACUGCACAUUUCUGUACAAGCCAGAGUUGUUAUUUCUUUGUAACUUAUUCAGCUUGGCGAUUGCUUUUGAUUUGGUGGGUUGAUAACAUAUAAUACAUUUAAGUAAGGAGAAUCAUUUCUACACACUAUUUUUUUAAAUCAUCUACAAAUGAAACAUACAAUUAAACUACCUGUGCUGAAAUUUGGGGGAAACUUAGGUUCUUUUUUUAAAAAAGUAUUAAUAAUCAUUGACUAUAUCUAUGAUAAAAGUGCUUAUUUUGGUUUACUUAGAUAAUGCUGCAGUUGGUGGAAAUGAUAAACAUUUAAAGUGUUAACACUCUGUGAAUGCAUUGGAUUUAAGAGAAUAAACUUUUUAUAAAAAUCA